AGAUUUUCUCUUCCCUACAAUCUUCGGAGAUCUCGUAUGGAUAUGCUUUCGAUAUAGGUUCAGUUCUUACUACUAGUAACAUUUGAGAGAGCUUAAAAUUUAAAAAUUGUAAACCGUUCGAAUUUGUUCUGGUGUGGGGUUCGCAUGAUAUUGAUCGUUUUUAAUAUUUACGAUGAUUUUUUGUGUUGUGCGAGGGUGUUUUAAAAUUUGAAUUUGCCGCCGAAUGAAGUAGAACAAGAACGCAAAUGCGCUCUGUGGCGAAUGGUGUUCGACAAAAAGUUUUUAAGAUCAUUUUCUCAGCAAAAUUUCGUUUCCUUUCUAAUUUUUCCAUUUCAGACAUCACAUUUCGUCCGGAAAGCAGAUGCCGAAGAAGAACAAUACAAAACGAGCACCACCAAGUGUACCAAAGCCGUCCGGUCCGCCACCUCGAUUACUUCAACUGACAUCCUCAGAUGGACAUUUGUUGCAGGGAGACAUCCGGGCCCUCCUCCUCUCAAGUACACUUGCUGCAACCAUCAGAGAGCUAGGAUAUGACAAGGAAUACUGUGCUGAAUUAAAACCGGUACCUGUGAACAAUGUUGUUGGAUUUACAUUAAAAUUACUGAUUGAAUGGUGCGAUAAACACAAAGAAGAUGAUCCUGCAAUUGCACUGGCCGAGAAGGACAAGAAAAAUAUUUGCAUUCCUUCCUGGGAUAGACAUUUUCUCAGUAGACUGCCAAUGUCAAAUUUGUUCGAUCUGAUUACUGCUGCAUAUCAUUUGGACGUUACCGGACUUAUCAAUUACGGCUGCAAAACAGUUGCCAAUUCUGCGAAAGGAAAAAAUGCCGAGGAAAUGCGAGAACUUUUCGGAAUACCUGAACCAUGGGAACAACCAUCUACAUCGACUGCUACAUGGGAUGAUUAAUUUUCUGUUACUAUCUUCGAUCUUCAAAUAUUUCAAUUGCACAAAACCGGUAUUAUGGAAACAAUCAUUUCAGCCAUGUCAAAUUGCAAUCGAGUUAUUCUUUGAAUACUAUUUUUGUUUGUUAUUUAUUAUAUCUUUAAAAUUGCAUAGGAUCGCUCAAUGAAAAUUACUUUAUAAAAAAUCAC